UAACUAUUUGUGCAAGAGGCUGGAAGAGAUAAGGGCUGCAGAAGUUAAACAGGCUAUUUCCUGUCGAAACCCUUCCAACAAAAGAGCAGUGACUGUUAAGGACACCCGCUGUAACAAGAGAACUUACUGCAGGAGCUAAUUAUUUGAUAGAUUGGCUGCUGGCUCUAUAUGGCAGAAGCAGGUGUUCACAAAAUUACUCAGAUGUUAAAUUGGUAUAUAACUGGAAUCACCUGGAAGAAAUGAACAACACUUAGAAAAUCUACUUGAUAGAGAUCUGGAGAGGCAUCCUGAAAUGAUACAGGUUUGAAGAUGUCUAUAUUUCCAUGAGGGUCGGCAAGAAAAAAAGAGUGAAUAGUUCUUGGCAGCUACUUUUUGUGAGGUCAGAAUGCAAGGGCAAAGAAGAACCAGCACAAUUGUAUCUGUAGCAAGUGUGAGUGGAGGGCAGGCUUGAAAAGAAGAAGGAACAUUCCCUGCUGGCUGGAUGGGGAAGCUGAGGCACAGAGAUUAAGUGACUUUUCCAAGGCCACACAGCAAGUCAGUGGCAGAUCCAGGAUUAGCGCUUGGGGACUUCCUGGAUCCCUCUUCCAUGCUUUAAGCAGUAGACCACAGUGUUCACUGGACUCAGCAAGCAACUCAUUGCAGUAAUGGACAGUUCCAAGGACUUGCACAUGAGAAAUGAUGAAGAGGCUGUUGUGGAUAGAGGUGGAACUCGCUCCAUUCUCAAGACACAUUUUGAAAAGGAAGAUCUAGAAGGCCAUCGAACAUUGUUCAUUGGGGUUCAUGUGCCACUGGGUGGAAGAAAAAGUCACCGACGCCAUCGGCACCGUGGGCAUAAACACAGAAAGAGAGACAGAGAGCGGGACUCAGGAUUAGAAGAUGGGAGAGAAUCUCCUCCUUUUGAUACUCCAUCACAAAGGGUGCAGUUUAUUCUUGGAACAGAAGAUGAUGAUGAGGAACACAUUCCUCAUGAUCUCUUCACUGAGCUUGAUGAGAUCUGUUGGCGUGAAGGAGAGGAUGCAGAGUGGAGGGAGACAGCAAGGUGGUUGAAGUUUGAAGAAGAUGUAGAGGAUGGGGGAGAGAGGUGGAGCAAACCCUAUGUUGCCACACUGUCACUUCAUAGCUUGUUUGAGCUGAGGAGCUGCAUCCUGAAUGGCACAGUUCUUUUGGACAUGAGAGCUAACUCCAUAGAAGAAAUUGCAGACAUGAUUCUGGACCAGCAGGUGGGUUCUGGGCAGCUCAGUGAGGAUGUUCGUCACAGAGUGCAUGAGGCAUUACUGAAACAGCAUCACCAUCAGAACCAGAAGAAGCUGAGCAACAGGAUCCCAAUUGUAAGAUCCUUUGCUGAUAUUGGAAAGAAGCAGUCUGAGCCCCAUUCCAUGGAUAAAAAUGCAGGUCAGGUUGUUUCCCCACAGGCUACUCCAGCCUGUAUUGAAAACAAAAAUGAUGUGAGCAGAGAAAACAGCACUGUUGACUUUAGCAAGGUUGACCUACACUUCAUGAAAAAGAUACCACCUGGAGCUGAAGCAUCAAACAUCUUAGUUGGUGAACUCGAGUUCCUGGACCGUGCCGUUGUGGCUUUUGUUAGGUUGUCUCCUGCAGUGCUGCUUACAGGACUGGCUGAAGUUCCAAUUCCAACCAGAUUUUUGUUUAUUCUUCUUGGACCACUGGGUAAAGGCCAACAAUACCAUGAGAUUGGAAGAUCAAUUGCAACACUAAUGACAGAUGAGGUAUUCCAUGAUGUUGCUUACAAAGCAAAGGACCGCAAUGACUUGGUGUCUGGAAUUGAUGAGUUUCUUGAUCAGGUUACUGUUCUCCCUCCUGGAGAGUGGGACCCAACAAUUCGAAUAGAACCACCUAAAAAUGUUCCCUCUCAGGAGAAGCGUAAGAUCCCAGGAGUGCCAAAUGGAACUGCAGCCCAUGGGGAAGCAGAACAUCCUGGGGGACACUCUGGACCAGAACUGCAACGCACUGGAAAAUUUUUUGGAGGAUUAAUUUUAGAUAUCAAAAGAAAAGCUCCCUUCUUCUGGAGUGACUUCAGGGAUGCUCUCAGUCUGCAGUGUCUGGCAUCAUUUUUGUUUCUCUACUGUGCUUGCAUGUCUCCUGUCAUCACAUUUGGUGGUCUGCUGGGAGAAGCAACUGAAGGUCGUAUAAGUGCAAUAGAAUCGCUGUUUGGAGCAUCCAUGACUGGAAUUGCCUACUCUCUUUUUGGUGGACAGCCUCUCACUAUACUUGGCAGCACAGGACCAGUUUUAGUGUUUGAGAAGAUCUUAUUCAAAUUUUGCAAAGAGUAUGGGUUGUCAUACCUUUCUCUGAGAGCCAGCAUUGGGCUGUGGACUGCAAUCCUGUGCAUCAUCCUUGUUGCAACUGAUGCAAGCUCCCUCGUCUGCUACAUUACCCGGUUUACUGAAGAAGCCUUUGCUUCUCUUAUCUGCAUCAUUUUCAUUUAUGAGGCCUUAGAGAAGCUGUUUCAUCUCAGUGAGACGUAUCCAAUCAACAUGCAUAAUAAUUUGGAGCUGCUGACAAAGUACUCAUGCAAUUGUGUGGAACCAGAACAUCCUAGCAAUAAAACCUUACAGUACUGGCAGGACUACAAUAUAUCUGCAUCUGAUGUGCCAUGGGGGAACCUAACUGUGUCAGAAUGUAAAAAGUUUCAUGGUGAGUUUGUUGGGCGAGCCUGUGGUCAUCAUGGCCCUUACGUUCCAGACGUCCUCUUCUGGUCUGUCAUCUUGUUCUUCUCUACAGUAACGCUCUCAUCCACUCUGAAGCAGUUCAAGACCAGCCGAUACUUCCCAACAAAGGUACGCUCUGUUGUCAGCGAUUUUGCUGUCUUUCUCACUAUUUUGUCCAUGGUUUUAAUUGACUACGCCAUUGGAAUUCCAUCACCAAAACUUCAGGUUCCAAAUGCUUUUAAGCCCACCAGAGAUGAUCGUGGCUGGUUUAUUACUCCUUUGGGGCCUAAUCCUUGGUGGACAGUGAUAGCUGCUGUAAUUCCAGCCCUGCUUUGUACUAUCCUUAUCUUUAUGGACCAGCAGAUCACAGCUGUCAUUAUCAAUAGAAAAGAGCACAAACUAAAGAAAGGAUGUGGAUACCACCUCGACCUACUCAUGGUGGCAGUGAUGCUUGGUGUGUGCUCUAUUAUGGGAUUGCCAUGGUUUGUUGCAGCCACUGUCCUCUCUAUUUCCCAUGUGAACAGCUUAAAACUGGAAUCAGAGUGCUCCGCUCCAGGGGAGCAGCCAAAAUUUCUUGGAAUCCGGGAGCAAAGAGUCACAGGGCUCAUGAUUUUUAUCCUUAUGGGCUCAUCUGUAUUUUUGACAAGUAUUCUAAAGUUUAUUCCUAUGCCAGUACUUUAUGGAGUGUUUCUUUACAUGGGUGCUUCAUCUCUAAAGGGAAUUCAGCUUUUUGACAGGAUAAAGUUAUUCUGGAUGCCUGCAAAGCACCAGCCAGAUUUUAUUUAUCUAAGGCAUGUUCCUCUUAGAAAGGUCCAUCUCUUCACUAUAAUUCAGCUGAGUUGUCUUGUGCUUCUCUGGAUUAUAAAGGUUUCAAGAGCUGCCAUUGUCUUUCCUAUGAUGGUCCUAGCUUUGGUAUUUGUCCGAAAACUCAUGGAUUUCUUUUUUACCAAGCGGGAGCUCAGUUGGUUAGAUGAUUUGAUGCCUGAGAGCAAGAAAAAGAAACUGGAAGAUGCAGAGAAAGAGGAAGAGCAAAGUAUGUUAGCAAUGGAAGAGGAAGGGACUGUUCAGUUACCACUAGAAGGACAUUACAGAGAUGACCCAUCUGUGAUAAACAUUUCUGAUGAAAUGGCAAAAACUGCUGUGUGGAAGACAUUGUUAAUAUCCUCAGAGAAUGCAAAAGAUAAGGAGUCAAGCUUUCCUUCUAAAAGUGCUGAAAUCAGAAAAGAGAAGAAAGCUGACUCAGGGAAAGGUGUUGACCGGGAGACUUGUCUAUGACUUGCUCUUCAAGUAAUUUUUUUACAAAUGAAUUAAAGGAGUGCCACAACCACUAAAUAUAAAUUAUUUACCUUGUAACUUUUGUCUUUCAUCUCAAACUAGCACAGGUAAUGUAGUGCAAUACUUGUCUCAUUCCACCUUGUCUACCUUGUCUAGUAUCAAUGUAAAUGUCUGAAGUAGCCAAUGCAAAAAAUCUUUGUGUUCGUUGCUGAUCUUGGCCAUUUAUCAGUACUCGUAUCAGAAAUGUAAGAAGCAAAUUUUCUUUCAAAUUCAACUUUCCUGUUAAUAGGUUUGUACUGUAUUUUGCUACUUUUUCUGUGUGAAAAUACUUAAUAAUCUUGAUUCAAGAUGAACUUGAAAACCCUUGUUCCAAUUUUUUUUUUUAAAUCACCUAACUAGUAAAUGAUUUCUGGAGACCCAAACUGACAAACAAACAUUAAGAAGUUUAUAAAAUAACAGCUGAUCUGACCCCAUGAAUAAACUAACAAGGAUAAUACUUUCCUCCUUCAUCUGUCCAUUUGAAGUCAUGGAUUCAGUUUUGCAAUGUGAAUUGCAGGGUCAGAUUCUGUAUUUGUGAAGUUUUCCUUGAUUUAAUACAGUGUAUUUAAUAUUAAAAUUUGUAUGUAACUGGAACAUAGUCCUAUAUAUAUAUAAAUAUAUAUAUAUAUAUAAAAUUAUAUAUUAAAACAUUUUCUCACCUUAGCUAAAGAACACCACCACAUCCUUUGAUGUGAAACAUGGGUACAGUAUUUCGUAAAAUGCGAUCUGUGAUUACGGUAUCUUAUCUUGUAUUGUAUGAAUGUUGCCAUGGUAGGCCAAAACAAUGUAUUUUGUCAUUUAUCAAUCCAUUAUUUUAUAAUAGGGAAAAUUUUGUAGAUACAAACUAUACCCCACAUGCAGUUUUAUCACCUGCCCAAUGAUCUUCCUCUUUAUUGCCUAAAAUUCAGCCACAUAAAGGACGUAUUUAUAUUGUCUUCUCUCCACUAACAACUGUAAAGCUCUUUGUUUCAGAGAUUGUGUAUAAUACUUAAAUGGGUAUCCUGCUGUUGUUUUGUUACAGCUCUUUAUUAUUCCAUCAAGUACAUAUUGAUUAAAAGAUAAAAACAACAUUGCAAAGUAAAAUGUGGCUAUAAGGCUAUACAUUUUUUGUAAUGGAUUUUGUUACUGCCUGAUCCUUCAAGCUGUUCUUUUGUGUAAAAGACUGCGAGAUUAGGUAUUGAAUGAACAGGGAUGUGGAGCUGAAGUUUUAUUGUGUUAUUUGGAGUUCACUGAUUUUUAAAUUUUUUUAAGAUAAAUUUUUAAAUUAUUAAAAUGAAAGCUAACUCUCAGUAUUAUGCUGUAACUUUGAAUCCUAAAAAUAAGAAUUGUAGUCUUGCAAUCUUUGUAAGAACUCAUCCAUAGGGCUCUAACAUUCCCCAGCUUUCCCAAAUACGCUAAUUUUCUAUACACCUCGUGAACAAGUUUUCCCAUUCAGCACAUUUAAAGUAUUCCAAUGUUUUUGUGUAUGUGAGUGUGUAUGUUUUAAUACUUUAGCCAUAAAUAAUUGCAUUUUGCUGCAAACUUAAUAGGGUCACUGUUCUAAAUUUACCUUAGCAUUAUCAAAGCCCAUUAAAAGCCAUUUUUAUGGAGAAAAAAAAUCCAAUGGAUGCGAAGAAAGAUUCACAUCUAAUUCAAUGUUUUGUAUAUGUAAAUUUAGGAAAAAAAAUCUGAUGCAUUAAGGUUAAAUGCUUUGUUUUGUGUACUUGAUGAUAAAUUGUAAGAUUCCAGUUGUUUUAAAGUUAGUAUAGAAGCUCAAUACUGGUUUGUCCUGAAAGCAGCCUGAUGGUGUUUUAACAUGUUGCUGACUUUGUUACGGAUAAUGUAUACAAUCAAAAUGUAUUAGCUUCACUUGACCAACUCUUAGAAUAUUAAGAAAUCAGUGUAUUCAAUGGCAUUCUGUAUUUCUGUUCAGUAUUUCAGAGUGGUUUUAUUUUAAAACGCUCUGGUUUUGCGUGAAUUUAAGUGCUUUUCCAAUGCUAAUCUUAACAUUCUGAAAUCACACACAAUGUAAAGCAGAUGUAGUGCUAUAUUUACUUCUAAUUUCAUAUUCCUGGUCAAAAUUACUCAACUUCUUGGAUGUAAUUUAUUACAAAAGUUUAUGUGUACAUGUGAAUAGACUAUUGUGUUUUUCACAAUUAAGAUAUGUUAUGUGAAAAUAAAUAUUUAUCCUAACUAA